UACACUGCAGAGGUGCUGUCAGCCCGCUCUCACUGUAGCCUACAGGCAGUCACCUUGUGCAGCUGUCUGUAUGACUGUAUGUGAUUCCGUUGCGUGACGAUAAAGACGUUACUAACAGAAUCCGCGUUUUUAAACGUGUAUAAUACGAAACAGAGACCGUCGUAGUAACAUAUUUUUGGAGAUACCGGUUGUAAGGCGCUCCGACUGAUCAAAAGAUUGGGAUCCUCAAGUGACUGGCUUUCAAAUCCAUGAACAGGAAAGUACGAGACAUCACAGAAGCCUGGUGAAAAUGGAAGUUGCUGUACCAGAGGAACCUCAGAAGAAAAUCUUUCGUGCACGCAAAACGAUGAAGAUGAGCGAUCGGCAGCAACUGGAAGCUCUGCACAACACCUUGACAACCACCACCUCCUGCUCUGCCUCUUACUCAUCUUCCUCCUCACGACCUCAGACACCACUGGUGAAUGGCGCCCACACCGAAAAGGAGAAAGAGAAAGUCAAGGAGAAAGACUUGAAUCAUAAAGAGGCCGAAUUGAUGUCACCUGCCCCUGAUUCAGCUCGCGGUUCCCCUUCUCCAUCUUUCACCCUCUCUCGAUCCCCUUCUCCACCCAACACACAAACUACCUCGCCUUCUAUGGAUCUUGACGACCCCCUUGUGGCUGCCGAAGAGAAAAAGGAGACAAGCAAUAAAAGUUCCUCCUCUUCUCUUUCUGCUUCCCCCUCUGGGUUGAACUGUGAUCCAGAGGUUAAAGAAGGAUUUCUGUGCUUAAGCGAAGAGGAUGAAAUCCAAGCAGACAAAGAUGAAAACAAGGAGAGUAGUGAGGAGGAGAAGAUGAAUGAAGAUGAUGAGAAAGAGGACCAAAAAGACGAAAAAGGCACUUCUGAGAACGCAGGAGCAGACAACAGUCCCCCUGCUGGUACAAAGAGAUCAUUGUCUGAGGAGAAAGAUGAAGAUGACAAAGAAAUCGAGGAGGAGAGAGAUGGAAAACGAGCAAGGCUGGAGGGUGAGGAGCUGGAGGCUCAGCUAGAGCUGAAAAUCACAGCCAGUGCUGGGAGCCGCCAUAAACUGGAGAAGAUGGUACAGCAGUUAGUUGAGGAACGGUUACGGGUGCUGCAGUUGACUGUAUUUGACCGAAGCAUAAAAGAGCUGAAAGAGAGAGUGGAGAAGAUUGACAAUGCAACCAAACAACAGAAUACGGUGCAGCAUUUUAACACGCUACAGGCCAAGAUUUCCCGGCUGGCCAAAAAGUUUGGUGCUGCUAAUCAGGCCUCGGAGAACUCAAAGAGAACUCAAGAGGCUCAUGCUGCCUCCGCUGCUGCUCAGGCCAACAAUGCAACCAACAUGACUAUCCCGCAACGUACUGUUAAAACCAUGAUGGAUUCCAAACUGUCCAGUGCACCCGCUGGUUCUAAUACACCUGCAAUCCCAGCCCAGCCCAAACCUCUGUCCACACCGACUACACCAACCUCCUCCGCACUAGCUUCUCCUGCACCCAUUCUACAGAUCAUCUCCACAACUACAAGCUCCACUCCCUCAUCCACCUCUUUGCCUGGCCAGUCUCAGACAGGCACCCUACUACUUAAGACUGGACCCAGUACAGGGGUCAUGACUAGCACCCCAGCAACAUCAGGGGGUCAGUCAGUGUCUAUUCAGCCGCUUUUGAUUCAGCUGCCUUUAGCGAUGGCAAAUGGGCAAAGUGGGGCAUUGGUUAGUACUGCUGGUGGUGUCGGUUUAAUACCGGUGUCGUCAUUAUCUACGGUUAGUAGCAACAAUAAGGCAAAGAUGACUACACCUGCCACCACCUUCAUCCUUCAAAAGCCAGCAGGCAAUGUUGUUUCAUCUUCCUCGACAUCGUCAGCUCCGGCGGUAUCGUUAGCGAGAGCCGUGUAUCCGGGUGGCACAGGGACCGUUAGUUCACCCAGCACAGGGAUAUCCGUGACAACAGCUCGAACACCUAUGCAGUGUGCUGCUGUCGUGGGAGUGUCUACAGCGGCCUCUUCUCCAGGAACCACAGGAGCUGCGGCGACAGGAUCAGCAGCAGCUGCAGCUGGUCCACCAUCGGCUUCCGCACUGGCCUCAAAGACAGAUAAUCAGGCCUCAACACCGAAAACACCCUCUCAGACCGGGCGUCCCAAAGGUUCUGUGAUAGAUCUGACUGAAGAUGAUGACGAUGUUCAAGUGACUGGAGUCCAGAAAGCCACUGUUUCCCCCAUCACUACCCAGCGUGCAUCUGGGCCGCCUGCUUUAGUCAGCUCUACCACUAAUGCUGGAGCUCGAUCAGCUCAACGUUCCUCUGUGGAUUCUCCAUCCCGUCCAAGCUCCUCUUCCUCCACCACUCUUCCACCAUUACCACUGGCACCAUCGCCACCGGCACGUCUCCCACCCGAGGCCGCCCACACAUCCCCUCCGCAGCAGCCCCAACUUAAACUGGCCCGCGUCCAGAGCCAAAACGGGAUCGUCCUAUCCUGGUGUGUUGCAGAAACUGACCGCAACUGCGCCGCUGUAGAUACCUAUCACCUGUACGCCUAUCACCAGGACCACCAGGGGGCAGCAUCGGGCACUGGUGCAUCGGCUCAGUCACUGUGGAAGAAGAUCGGGGAGGUGAAGGCGCUGCCGCUGCCCAUGGCAUGCACCUUGACCCAGUUUGUCUCGGGAUCGACAUAUUAUUUUGCCGUCAGGGCCAAAGAUGUGUACGGCCGCUUCGGUCCUUUCUGUGAUCCGCAGUGCACUGAUGUCAUUAACCCUGCGUCAUCCUAAGAUAAUUCCAAACGAGGGUGAGAUGGUACAGAAGGACGUGGCCGACGGAAGUAUGACGGGAGAUUUGUAACGGUUACAAAAUUGUUAACUAUGUGCAGACCACUGGUUUAGUCUUGCCCUUUGUGUUAGGAAUUGUAGGGAAUUCAAAUAGGUUGUCUAAUGCAAAUGGAAAUACAAAUAAUCAUCAGUGCAUACAGACACAUACACUAUUUGUUUCAUCUUUAUUUUACAAUAAGGAGGGAACUAUCAGACUUAGGUUGUGCUUGAAAUUGUAUUUUCCUUGUGCAGAAUGUUCAGAGUUAAGUAUUGUUUUUGAAUUUCUUUCUCUCUCUUUUUUUAUUUUAUUUUUUAAUAAAAUGAUAAUCAUUACGUUGCACAGAUGUUCCAAUAUAGGUCCCGGUUAGCUACAGGACAGGAAAGCUGAGGUGUUAAAGGUUUUGAAAUGUUUUUUGUCUGGUACCCAGACACUCCAAAAUGACACUCAAUAAAAGUAUUGAU